AUGCAGCUGAGGUUGGAAUUGAGAGUCCAAGAAGCCUCCAAAGACGGUCACGCACUCAACUUCGCCUUCAGCGGCAUCCCCGUCGGAUCGCGCUGGACGCUGGGUGCAGGGCAAGAGCGACUUGCACAAGAAGUGCAGAGAGCGCUAGAGGUUGGGCAAUGCGCCGUUGACCUUUCCAAUGCGUUUCUGCUCUUGGAUUUGGACAAGCUGGAGAGACUCUAUUCCAAGGCCAAAGCACAGUCAAGUGCAGGGUCUGAAUUGAAGUUUGAUUUGCAGGUCAGCUGCUGA